AUGGAAAAUCCAGACUUAGUUGAUGAAGAAGAAUUACAGUUGAGUGACUUUGAAAUAACUGAUGAUGAUGACGAUCUAUUCACAAGUGAUGUUCCAGUUAACAAGGAAUACAUGGAAAAUUGGUGGGGAAAGUUUGUGGGUGAGGAACCACAUGCAAGCACUGGACAUGAAGAUGGUGAAGAGUACUACGAUAGUGAAGAGUUGAUGAGUUUGGAUGGGUCCGAUGAUGAGUUGAUAGAACGAAGAAGGAGGAGGUAUCGAGAGUUUAAUGAGAACCAUGACAUGAGGGUGCCAAUUGUGUUGGAGAAGGGGUUACUGUUUGCUGAUACAUGUGUAUUUAAAAAGGCACUAAAAUGGGUGAGGGUGAGUGCAAUUUGUAAAGAGGAAGGUGAAUGUUGUGAAUGGAGGAUUCACGCAUCUUUGGAUGCAAAGAAAGAAUCAAUACAGAUAAAAACAUUCAAACCAGACCAUCAAUGUGGGAAUCAGUAUGAGAAUACGAGGGCUGACGUGCAGUUUCUUGCCACCAAGUAUAUGCCUGAUUUCAAGGAUGAUCCCACAUGGACCUCAUAUGCAUUGCAACAAAGGGUGAAAAGGGAUCACAAUAUUGAUGUUCCUGAUGGGAAUGAUGAUAUGUUCCCCAUUGCAUAUAAGGUUGUAGAGGGUGAGACAAUGGCAUCUUGGGAGUGGUUUUUAGGACUUCUUAUUGAUGAUGUUUAUGUGGGAAGUGGUGAAGGUCGUGGGUGGACUGUUAUGUUUGAUCGACAGAAGGGGCUUGGUCCCGCAGUAGACCAUUUGUUGCCACAUGCUGAGCAUCGAUUUUGUGUGAUAGCAAGUAUGGAUGCUGGUGCCUAUAAGUAUCUUAAUGAUGUCGACCCUGCAUCAUGGUCUAGACAUGCCUUUUCUACACAUUUGAAGAGUGAUAUGCUUCUAAACAAUCUUGCAAAGACAUUCAAUUCAUGGAUCAAAGAGUCUAGGGACAAGCCGCUCUUGACGAUGCUGGAAAUGAUCCGGAGACAAUUGAUGACAAGAUUCCAGCAAAAAAGAGACGGAGUCCGAGCCGCUUCUCAGAAAAUAUGUCCCAAAAUUCAGAAGAAGUUAGAAAGAUCCAAGGACGAAGCAAAGAACUGUAUAUGUAGAUGGCAGAAUGAGUUGGAGUUCGAGGCAUAUGAACUACAGGUACAUGCUAUGCCAGGGCCUGAAGAGUGGCCAGAUGUUGGUGCCUAUGAUGAAAUUUUGCCUCCAGUUGAUAGAGUUCAGCCUGGACGUCCAAGAAAAGCUAAGAGAAGGGCACCCGAUGAGCCCACUAACCCAUACAAGAUAAGUCGUAGUGGGUAUAUGGUCACAUGCGGCAACUGUGGGGGUAAGGGUCACAACUACAAGGGUUGCCAUCUACCCCUAAACCCUAACCGAAAGAGAAGGAACCCAAAGAAGAGGAAGACUGCUGAAACUUCUUCAAAUGUAUCUCAAAAUGAAGCUACGUCAUCCCAACCUGUGCAAACCCGUGUUCGAAGGCGUAAGGGCAAGGCAAUGGCUACUCAAUGA